ACGGGAACGAGGCGGGAACGGGAACGAGGCGGGCCCCGCUGCCGGCACCGCCUCCCCGCCUCAGCUGAGGGCGAUGGAGGGCGGUGAAACUCCUGACGAGCCCGGCUCGGGGCCUGCCAGGCGCUUCCCGGUGUUGGCGGUGGAUGAGAUCCUGAGGGAUGUGGUGGGCAGCGCCCUGAGGGAGCAGCGCUACGAGCCGGGGCCGUGCCGGGAGGCGGCCAAGGACAUCGCCGAGGUUGUUAAGGCGCGGGUGAAAGCCCUGGCGGUGCCCCGGUACAAGGUCGUGGUGGUGGCACACGUUGGGCAGCUGGGCGGGCAGAGCCUGCAGGUGGGCAGCAGGUGCCUCUGGGACCCCCAGAGUGACACCUUCUCCUCGUACGUCUUCCAGAACUCCUCGCUGUUCGCUGUGACAAAUGUCUACGGUGUCUAUUUUGAGUAGGGAGGUAGCUGAGUUUAACAGCAGGAGAAAUGAAUGUUCAGCCUGACUCUUCCUGUCUCUGUAGCUGAAAAUGUCUGUGAAGGACCAAGGUACUCUCACCUGCUUUCAAAUGUGAGCCUUUGGGUGAAUGGAGUAAGGGUGCUUCCCACAGUUUUCUCUGGGAAUUGGCUUUCUGUGACAGUUUUGUAGCUGAUUGCUGCUUUCAGAACUUGUCCUGGAGGGGAAACAUUUUCAGAAUAUUCCCUGUAAGUAAUGUUUUCCAACAUUACUGGAAGCAUCUGGAGUAGGAGAUAAACAAUGAGUUUUGCCUGCCUGGUGUUGGGGCAGGUGCUGAUGGUUCAAAGUCUCUCCUGUUGCAGCCAUUCCCCACUGAGGUGAAUCUGAAUCUGAAACCAGACCUUUUGCUGCCCCUGUUUCCCAGCUGAAACCUGCUGUUAGGUUUUCCUGAGUCAGAGAGCAAAUCUAUCACAAAUUACUUAUUUUAUUACAUUUUAGGUGCAAAGCUGAAACUGGAGCAGUAGUUAGCUGGGCAGAAAUACUUCAUGUACUCAUGACUAAAAGUUUAACCCACUGUAAACACUGUGAAAUGCAGACAACCUGAAGCCACUUGCUGGUAUGCACUGUGACAUUUAACUCCCCAAACUACAAUUAAA